AUGAGGUGGAGUAUGAAAAAGUUGAGAGUCAAUGAUAGAAAAGUAAAAUUUUGGUUUAACUUUUUUUAUGAAAUACCCGACAAUGAAGAGGUAGAGAUAUUUGUCGAGCACACAGAUGAGGAUCAGUGGAACUAUGAUGUGGUUGAUUCCGAGGGUGGCCCAGUCCUACAUGAUGAAGAAGGUUUGAUAGAUGUCGAUGUAAUCGAGAAAAGUGAUGAGAAUGAUUCGACAACUGAAGAAUGUGAAGAGGAUUGGGUGUUACUGGAAAAAGUAGAGAUAAUCAAGUCAAAGGAAAAACUGUUGAGCUUGGAGUUUCCUCAAAUAUUGUUGGCUAUGUUUUCGAAUGACACUCAAGAAGAUGACUUUGCUACAUCACAUGAGGAAUUGAUGAGUUUGCAUGGAGAUUCUGACGAUGAAAAUCAUAAAAGAUCUAUUGUUUUCAAUCCAACUAGGGAUUUGGAAGAUCCAAAUUUUAAGUUUGCACUUAAUAUGAUUUUCAGUAAUAGCAAGGAAUUCAAAAAGGUAGUUGAGGUACAUUCUGUGAUUCAAAAAAAGGAUAUCAAGUUUAAAAAGAAUGAAAGUACGAGAUCUAGGGCAACUUGUAAGGUGUCAAGCUGCAAAUGGUUCAUAUUCGCAUCAAAGGCUAAUCAAAGUGAGUCUUUCAUGAUCAAGACAAUAGGUCCAGACCAUUCCUGUGGCAAUCAAAGAGAUAACCAGACGACUGACUCUGAAUUUUUAGCUAAGAAGUACGUAGAAGAGCUUAAAAUUAAUCUAAAUUGGGGUGUGAAAGAAUUUCAAGAUCAUGUGAUGAGGACUCAUAAUUGUACCAUUUCACGAAAUCAAGCUUAUAUGGCAAAGAGGAAGGCAUUAGAUCUAAUUACAGAGACUAAAGAAGAGCAAUUUGAGAUGUUGUGGGAUUAUUGUGCUGAGAUAAGGAGGAGUAAUCCAGGGAUUACAUGUAUUUUGAAGUUGGACGAAAAUUCAAAAACAAUGGUCAAUGAUAGAAAGAGAUUUCUAAGACUAUUUGUGUUUUGCAGCUUGUAA